GGUCUGGCUACGCGAGACUACGUGUUCAGUACCGCUGUUCUUCUCUGAUAAACUCAUCACAUUCUUCACCAGCAGAGGGCAGUCAUGCUACAGCUUCUCCACUGCAUUUCCAACAAAGAAGAAAUACCGCAUGUGGAGUUAAAAAUUGAAGUCAACACGAGUUGUUUUCUUUGAAUUUCUACAAACGGACAAGGCGAGGGGUUUACACUGAGCACAAUGAGCGUGCCUAUGCCGCAAAAGCGCUAUUAUCGACAGAGAGCUCAUUCUAACCCGAUGUCUGACCACACAUUUGAGUAUCCAGUUGGUCCGGAAGAGAUGGAUUGGUCACAUCUUUACCCAGAAUAUUUCAACCCAAAUGGAAACGAGAGUUCCGAUAAAAUGAAAGCGCAGGUGGAGCUUGCUGACAUCGGUUGUGGCUAUGGCGGACUUCUUGUUGAGUUAUCAAAACUCUUCCCAAACCAGCUUAUUUUGGGCUUGGAGAUUCGGGUAAAAGUGUCCGACUUUGUACAGGACCGCAUUCGCUCUCUUCGAGCUGCUGAGCCUGGAAGUUACCAGAACAUUGCCUGUCUCCGUAGCAAUGCUAUGAAGUACCUGCCCAAUUUCUUUACCAAAGGACAGCUUAGCAAGAUGUUCUUUCUCUUUCCGGAUCCACACUUCAAGAAAACAAAACACAAAUGGCGGAUCAUUAGCCCUACAUUACUGGCAGAGUAUGCAUACACACUCAGAGUAGGGGGUUUAGUGUACACAAACACUGAUGUUGAGGAAGUUCAUGAGUGGAUUGUGAAGCACUUCAGGGAUCAUCGUCUCUUCACCAGAGUGUCUGAAGAAGAGCUGGCUGAAGACAUCAUAAUUAGUCGUCUGGGAACCUGCACAGAAGAAGGAAAGAAGGUUCAGAGAAAUGGAGGCAAGAAUUUUCUAGCAGUUUUCCGCAGAGUAGAAGAUCCACAACAAUAGUGUAUGAGAACAAUCUUUAUGCUGGAAGGAUGUGAAAAUUUCUGAAUCACACUUUGAUUGCAUUGAAAGUGCACAGAACUGCCAUAAUGUUUGUCUUCCUUGUAUUUCAACCUAUUAAUUUUCACUGUGUAUCUUUGUGAAUAUGAGUAAAUAUAUUAUGUUCUCUACAUUUUUGACCAGCUCAAACAUAACUAAAUAUAAAUAAAAUGUGACUUUUAAAAUUACAAAUCUUCUCUCUGUUCCU